AUGAAAAUUAUCGUGUUACAUAGCUUUAAAUUACGGAAAACCAAGAAAAAUAGAAUUUGGAGAUCAGUCUUUGGAAGAAUUCGAGGAGGAAAUUUUCGCACUACAGUGCUCCUAUCCCUGUUUUCUCUUAUGAUAACAACUGGAUUUAUUAUAAAAGUGACCAAUGAUAACAUUAAAUAUGACGUUAGAAAGGCAUCCAACAAAAUUCAAACUUUAUGUAAGAAAAACGACGGAUGGAAAGAUGUGUUUCAAUGUCGGAAAGGUGUUCAUUAUUCAGAUAAGACAUUGCGUAAAUUUUGGACGGAAGGCCAUAAGAAUCCCUGCUUUCGAAAUCAACGGAAACACCCAAGGGACCAUUCAUCGGAACUCCUCCAGUGUGUCCCUUACUUCUUUGUAAUUGGGUUUCCGAAAUGUGGAACCACAGACUUGUUUGACAGGAUGUCACAUCAUCCAGAAUUCGUGCAGCCUUCAUUUAAAGAAAUCCACUGGAUAUCGCGAUAUCGCUUUAUUCCGCCUAGAAACGACAGACUGAAGUUCAUCGCCAUGAACAAAACAUAUCGUACGAGAGAUUUUGACCAUGGUUUUCUUCUGUAUACUAGAGUGUUUUAUCCUAUGGUACUUGACGUGGAACUGGAGAAAUUAUUAAAAAAUAGAACAAAUAUAGAAUAUCGAAAAAUAACAGGUGAUUUCAGUCCGUCUACAAUAUGGGAUAAUGAUAUAUAUUCCUCGCUACCGAGAAAUUUUAAUCUGACCAUUCCAAUGUACACUACAGCUGAUUUUGUACAGGAAAUGAACGCAUGCGCAAAACUGAUCGUAAUGAUUAGGGACCCUGUCCAAAGGUUGUACUCGGACUACCUAUUUUUCCAUGCUGCAAACAAAGGUCCUUUUGACUUCCAUAACAAAGUGACGUCAGCAAUAAAACUUUAUAAUGAUUGCAUUAACAACAAAGGAGUUGACGCUUGUGCAUUUGAUGCCCCAUUGGCAAAAAUGGCAAAGGUUCGUUUACGCCUGGGUAUUUAUGUGGUUUACAUAAAGCAAUGGCUGAGGAGAUUUCCCAUGGACCAGUUCCUGUUUGUUAGACUCGAAGACUACGCGGCAAGAACGAGUUCCGUGUUGAAUAAUGUCUUCAGUUUUCUACAAAUGGGAUCCGUUGAUACUGAAAUAAUGGGCAAAAUGAUUUUCCAAAAGCCAGUAAACACACGCAAAGUAAACGUUGGAGAAAUGCUACCGGAAACUCAGAAUAUUUUGACAGAUUUCUACGAACCAUUUAAUGAACAACUUGCUCAAUUGUUAAAUGAUCAUCAUUAUCUUUACCAUCUUUCCUGAUCCAGUCCCCUAGACCUCGAUUGUAAUUCAAGUUGAAUAUUAUUGUAAAAGGACCUAGAAUGUCUCAAUUCAUCAUAACGUGCCCCUUCAACUUAAUAAUACCAAACGUGUUAAAUGUUUUGUU